UCACAACAUACUCUUUGUGGUGCAGUUAAAAUUUGCUUGCACAAGCUUGUUUGACGCCGACGCGAAUAAAGCAGAUUGUACAAGUUUCAACAUAGCCAUCUUCUGUUCAAUAAUACACGUUUGUAAAAUUAUAUUAAAUAGUUUACCUACGUGUUACAUUUCCCUCCCUACUGGGCCAUCUACCAAUAGCAUAAAAUAGAGUAAGAUCAAUGGCGGAACAAGGGAAAGGAAGAGCAAGAGGCCGUGCCAGAGGUCGGGCACGUCAGUUAGAGGAUGCAGGAUUUGGAGAGCAUAGGGCUCCACUACCGGCGCCGCAAGGUGCAUGGGCUCGUCGACCGGGUCCACCACCAGCACAGGCGCCGCCGGCCCAAGUGCCACCAGCCCAGCAACCAAGAUUUCCACCACCAGGUUUAGCCCCUGGACAUAUGGUACCGAACGUUGGGCGUGGCCCCCAGCGGACGGGUGAUCAAGACGUUGGCGACAUUGGAAGAAAAAUGCAGGACAUCACUGUUGGAGAUGGUGCCAGCGUAGGUCGUGGUUCAAUGCGUGGCCGGCGUCAAAUUCUCCCGGAAUACUUGAUCACACGUCCUCUAAAUCUCAUCACAAAACAGGGUAAAUCAGGCCAAGGAAUAACUUUACAAGCUAACUAUUUCAAACUCCUGACAACUACCGACUGGUGCCUCUAUCAGUAUAGAGUUGAUUUUGCACCUGAAGAAGAUCGUACAGUGGUUCGUAAGGGAUUGCUUAGACCCCAUAGGGAGACUCUGGGCCCAUAUAUCUUUGACGGCACGGUGUUGUAUACAAGCAACCGUUUGCCAGAGAAAAUGGAACUGUUCUCUGCACGCCAGUCAGAUGAUGCACAAAUACGUAUAGAAAUUAAAGAGGUUGGAGAUUUAGUUAAAGGAGAUCAGCACUACAUUCAAUUUUUCAACAUAAUUAUGCGCAAGUGUUUGGAUCACUUGAACCUCCAAUUGGUGGGCCGAGAUUAUUAUGAUGCAGCAGCCAAAAUCGAAAUUCGUGACUUCCAACUCGAACUCUGGCCAGGAUACAUAACGUCUAUUCGUCAACACGAGCGCGACAUACUGAUGUGCUCAGAAAUCAGCCACAAAGUAAUGCGUCAGCAGACGAUAUAUGAUAUUCUCGCCGAAUGUCACAGACAGCAUCGCGGCGAUUUCAAGCGAGCUUUCUGCAGUCAGGUCGUUGGACAAGUUGUACUCACCGGUUAUAACAACAAUACAUACCGGAUUGACGAUGUCGACUUUGAAACCUCGCCACAGUCUACAUUCCCACUGCGGAGCGGUGAAACAAUAUCCUAUACCGACUAUUAUCGUAAUAAAUAUCAGAUAGCCAUACGUCACCCUACUCAGCCGCUGCUGGUAUCCAGAUCGAAGCCUCGCGAACGAAGAGCUGGCCAAGCAGAGUUGAUUUAUCUUGUUCCUGAACUGUGCAGGGCAACUGGUAUCACUGACGAAAUGCGAAGUCAAUGGCAGCUCAUGAAAGCUUUGUCUGAUCAUAUGCGUGUUGGGCCGGAAACUAGAGUCCAGAAAUUACUAGCGUUCAACCAACGACUUCGAUCGCAAGCCAAUGUCAUGACCGAUUUGAACGAAUGGAACCUUAAGCUAAGCGAAAGACUCAUCGAUAUACCUGGCAGAAUUAUGCCUUCGGAGAAAAUCAUCUUUGGUCGGGAGAAGAAAAUUGAAGCUGGAUCAGAGGCCGACUGGACAAGAGAACUCCGCAAUGUCACUAUGCUGUCGUGCGGUAGAAUGGACAAUUGGGCUCUCAUAGUUACCAACCGUGCUAAAAGAGACGUCGAGAACUUCGUUUCGACGCUUAUCCAAGUUUCAACGAAACUUGGAUUCAAACUGCCGCAGCCACGAGUUCACGAGGUACCAGACGACAGAGCUCAAACUUACGUCGAGGCUAUCGAGGCGAUACUCAGCCGGGUCUCUGUGAACUUGAUCUUCUGUGUCGUGCCUAACAACCGCCCCGAGCGUUACUCCGCAAUUAAGAAAAAAUGUUGUUCAGACAGGCCUGUUCCUACGCAAGUCUUUUUGGCUAAAAACUUAACGAACAAAGGGCUUGCAUCCGUUGCCACCAAGGUGGCCAUCCAGAUGAACUGCAAGAUAGGUGGAGCUCCAUGGACAGUUGAGAUUCCAUUGAGCGGACUGAUGGUAGCUGGCUUUGAUGUCUGUCACGACACUGCUUCCAAAGGCCGUGACUACGGUGCCCUUGUCACCUCCCUGGAUCGAGCUUUCAGCCAAUGGUUCAGUGCUGUCAGCCAUCAUUCAAACGGCGAGGAGUUGUCCGACACGAUGUCGACCAACAUUUGCAAGGCUCUACAUGUGUACCGGUCGAGGAACAACGCACUGCCACAGAGAAUUGUUAUUUAUCGUGAUGGAGUCGGCGAAGGCCAAGUGCCCUACGUCUACGAGCACGAGGUUGUGCAGCUGAAAGACCGUCUGGCGCAAGUCUAUGGAGAACAAGAAUUUAAGUUGGCGUUCAUCAUAGUUACCAAACGGAUUAAGACUCGUCUUUUCGCGCAGAAAAGAAACCCACCGCCGGGAACAGUCGUGGACGACGUAAUCACCAACCCCGAGAAAUAUGACUUCUUCAUAGUUCCUCAAUCCGUGAGACAGGGGUCUGUUUCACCGACUUCCUUCAGCGUCAUUUCGGACAAUUUAGGACUCGAUGCUGACAAACUCCAACGUCUAACUUACAAAAUGACUCACAUGUACUACAACUGGAGCGGUACUGUCAGGGUGCCAGCACCCUGUCAAUACGCCCACAAGCUGGCAUUUCUGGUUGCUCAGUCAAUUCACAGACCGCCAGCUGCACAGCUGGAAAAUCUUCUAUACUUUUUAUAAUGUGUCGACCUUAGCUUUUUCAUUACUUAUUUUAUAUACUUGAGUAACGUUUCAUUUAUUACUGAUGCGAUGAAUUUUGUAGAACUUUUUGAUUCUGUUUUUCCUACCGUCAGUUCAUCGCAUCUGCAUGUAUGAUUACACUCAUUUGGUUAUUCUUGAGAUUAUUUCUUUUCACGCAUUCGGAAAUCAUUCCAUCCAGAAGAAUGUACUCAAAUGUGGAAAAGUAUCGUGCAUUGCUUCUUGGGUUAAUCUAAAAUAGGAUUCCAUCCUAAACAAAUAAGGGAUAAAGUUACUUUAUAGUUUAUCACGAAGUAUAACAUAUUUUGGUUUUAUUUUUUCUUUUUUUUUUUUUACUCGUGAGCUUUGUACGCAAGUGAUAAUUUACGAGUACGUAAGCUAAAAGAUUCUGCACGGAACUUGAUAAUCGAUAGUUAGAUAUUGAAAAGGUGCGUCAAUAAAUCAGACUUUCGUAUGUUAUGCAGAGGUGAACAGGGGACCAAUUGAUCAAGUCUUAGUUUCUUUUCACCAACUUGCUUAAUUUUCUGUUGUCUUGAUUGUGUAGUACACAUUUAACCUUUCAAUAUUUUGACUUGGUGAUGAGUAAGCAUGGCGCGAAAAAAUAGUUUCGUUUGAACUGAAUUUGAAAAAAAUCAGUUUUUCUCCUCUACAACUAUUUUCAAAUCGUCAAAGUACAACUAUAAUUUAAACGCCAGAACGCUAGUAUCAAGUUAUUCAUUAUAAACGUUUGAUUAAUUUAGAUUCUCUGUUGACAUAACUUUGUUCAACUGUAAGUUUUACGGAGUGAUAAGCUUGCGUUCUAGAGAAAUCUCAAACCGACAAUACCAAAAACAAAACGCAGAAGCGGAAUCAUACCAAGAAUGUUAUUUAAAUGAUCUCAUAAGUCCAGAUGAUUAGUUCAGAAACAUUAUAUUAUAAGUAUAUAUAUAUAUAUAUAUAUAUA